CAAAGAACUAGAGCUUCUUCCUUUCGAUUACUACACUACUAGCUAUUAAUUUACAGCUUCUCUUACUUUCAUACCUCUCACUACUAUCAUCAUCAUCAUGCAAUUCACUUCGUUCCCCAUCCUCUUGCUUGCUUCGGCAUCCGCAUUGGCUUCGCCUAUUCUUAUCGAGAGACAGGAGCAACAACAAGCCCCCACCUACACGGUCUCUUCCCCUGCUGCCAAGGACAUUGUCAUUGCUGGCCAUGCUACCACCAUUUCGUGGACACCUGGCGAAAACACUGCUUUAUCCAUUGAUCUCGCUAGCUCAGACGCAAGUGAUGGAAUCAACCUGGCCAAUGACAUAAACGGUAGCACGGGCUCUUACCUGGUUAACAUCCCUGGUAACAUCGCCAAUUGUUCUGAGCACAAGAUUGUUAUCAAAUACAACGAUGAAAGCACUUCUUCUGAACCCUUCUACAUUGCUGCCGAUGGCACGGAAACUUGCGUCUCACCAAACUCUUCCGAGGAAUCCGCUGCUCCUGCUGCUACUUUGGCCGCUGAUGAGCUUUCUGGUGCAACUGCGUCUGCUAGCAUUGAUAUCUUGGAUAACGAAGGGAACCCCAUCGAAUCUAGUGAAAGCUUUGCAAUUAAGGCUCCUACCCCUAUCACCAUGCUCAGCACCCUUGUUAUUGCUGGACUGUCUUGCGUAAUGAUGGCUCUCUGAAGCAAAACAUAUCAAAUCCAUUAACUACAUUUUUACCAGGACUCAUGCGUAGACGUUUUCAGCAUGCUUAUACCGCGACUUAUUCUUUUUAACCUAACCAUCAUACUCAUUAUAUUUUGUACAGCCAUAAACAUACUACCAUCCUCAUCCCAUUCUUCAACUUUUCUAUGUACUAUGAUGUAAUAUAACAUCUCUCUCAUUCCUCUCAUCAAUCUUAAUCAUCAUGUUUUAAAACACUGUCAUUAUUAUAUUUUUCAUUAAUAUACAAUUAUGAGCUAAAGAUAAAUACUUUCUGCUUAUAAUCUGUUGCUGAGGUAUUCUCCGUAUCAUUAUUGUG